GUGUCACAUACACUGGUCUGACACGAGUCUAAUUAGGCAAAACGGCCUCAGCCACCUACCCAGCAAUCUCCCUUAGCGUUAAUACUGCAGCCGGGCUGGGCUUUUCUGGGUGUGUACACUGGGCUCUGUUGACGACAGCAUCUACAUCUCCGAUUGCGUCGCUCUCUGACUGCAACUGAAGGCGUCGCGUGUGUGACGUCACUGGAAAUGGUCUAUAUUUCCCCGUGUACUUCCUAGUUACCGCAAGUGGCUGUCGGACAGGAAUGAAACGGGUGUUUGGCAGCUGGGUCGGUUCGGUCCACGUAGCGCUGACUCUCUUUGGAUUGCCAUACUCAGUUUGUUCGGGAGGAACUUGUCCCGUUAAAUCCAUCAGCACCGGCGUGUCCUCGCUCUGCGCCGCGAGCCCCAGCAUCAUGUCGACUUUCCUGCACGUUAAAGCACGCAGCCCCGUCUACCCGGGGUCGGACACGCGCCGAUCCCCGGUGCCCGACGCCAAAGUAUCCUGGGAGACCGACUGGCCCGAGUACAGUCCCGUGACAUACACGGCCCCGUCGGUGGCGGCCAAACCCGUUUGGGCAGACCCGGACAUCGACUCAUUCUCCCCGCGGUUCAAUGCUCUGGACGGCUCAGUGGACCGCCGCAGUCACGAGGGAGACUACAGCACACAGGACCAGAGACCUCUGAACCCUCUUGGGCGGACUGGAGUGAGUGGGAGGGGCCUACUGGGCAGGUGGGGGCCCAACCACGCUGCAGACCCCAUCGUGAGCAGGUGGAAGACUGACGAGGCAGGGCAGCGAGUCUCUCAUACAGCAUCCAAACUCCCCCUGCUGCAGUUUGUGUCCAUCAAGAGAAAAGACUGUGGAGAGUGGGCUAUCCCUGGGGGGAUGGUUGACCCUGGGGAGCGUGUGUCUCUGACGCUACAGAGGGAGUUUUCUGAAGAGGCGCUCAACUCCCUAGAAUCAGCCAACAGGGCGGAGCUUCACCAGCGCAUCACUCAACUCUUCAACUCACCUGGCCUACAGGUGUAUAAGGGGUAUGUUGAUGACCCUCGGAACACAGACAACGCAUGGAUGGAAACGGUGGCCGUGAACUUCCACGAUGAAUCUGGCGACAGUGUGAGCUCCCUCCCUCUGGAGGCGGGGGAUGACGCUGGACAGGUGAGUUGGAUCGACGUCGACUCGGCCCAGCCUCUUUACGCAAGCCACUCCCACUUCCUGGAAAAGGUUGCUAAGGAACGCCACGCCCACUGGUGACCAGGCUCAACACUGGCAGCAGAAACGACAUCAUCAUCAUCUUCAUCCUCUUCCUCCUCCUCCACUAUGACUGGACAUUGGGUUCACUCUGAGGCCAACCGGCUAAAGUUCAGAGUUCAGAGUUCACCGUGAUGAUGACCUCUGCAGUUUGCUCUUACCCACAAUGCACCUGUGUGAAAUUGACCUGUCUGAUGAUGUCACAUGUCACAUGCUUCUGCUGUGUGUGUGUGUGUGUGUGUGUGUGUGUGUGUGUGUGUGUGUGUGUGUGUGUGUGUGUGUGUGUGUUGAGCCUUGGUUCUGCAGGGUUCUGCAUGAAGGACGGUCCCGAUGUUAUCUGGGGGUUGGUCAGACACUCCCAAGCACUUAAACUGAUGGGCCACGGGCAGAACCACAGAACACACCAGAACCACACUGCACUAUACGCAAUCAACACACACACACACACUGCACUAUACGCAAUCAAAACACACACACACUAUAAAUUACCCAAUCAAAACACACACACA